GAUUUCAAAAGAAGCAAAAUCGGACACUUCAGUAUUUGGCUGGAACCGUGAUUCGAAAGUUUUUGGUUUAAUUUUUCUUCAUUCUCACAGUUUACACCACUUUGAGACGUUUAUAGAACGUCUUACUAGUUGAGCAAUGUUUUAGUUCACGGAUUAUUAUUACGGACCACAAACUUAUCCAGUUCUUUAUAGUUCAUAUAUUAUUCACUUAUCAUUACGUCGAAAUAACUCAUCGUGCACCUACACCAAAGGCUUUAAAUGACGUGAUUGACCUGGACGUAAUGGCCUACUGAUAGAUUAUACACAAAACCAUUAUGGAGCCUUUGCAGGAAAUCGAGCUGAUAUCACUAGCUGAAGACAUAGGUCCGGGCAAAUACUCAAAACUGUGCAACAGUCUUGGGUAUUCCUAUGCAGUAAGCCAAUCACACAUCGUCAAACAUCUCAACAACGUCAAUGAAGCUCUGGUAGAACUCCUCAUCAAAUGGAAUUACAACCAAAGAGACGGCACCGAAACUCGAUCCAUAUUAGCAAGCAAGCUCCGUGAAUUACGACUUGUUGAAUUAGGUGAAAGACUAUCAGAAGGUAAAUAUAUACCCAACCAGCAGGACUCACAUGACCACGAGAAGACUCCAGUGCAGACUAGCCCAGGUAUGGCGGCUCAUGAAGGUAUUGCCAAUGACCUUAUCUGCAAGCUGGCUGAGGACAUCGAGACGGGUGAGCAGAUGGAGGCCUUAGGACGAACACUGGGAUUCAAGUUCGCAGAAAUCAAUAGAUACACAGAGACCAAUAGGAUAGAAGGAAGGGUGACUUGUAAGGGAACACGUGAUAUGCUGUUUGACUGGAGACAGAAUGUGAAGCCUUGCAACCAGCAUCCCAGGCUGAAACAAGCUCUCAUUGACGCUAAGCUGGUAAUGCUUGCGGAUACAUAUCUCAGGGGGACACCAAGUAAUCCAGGUAUCUACAGCAAGACGAUCUCGGCAUCACUGACUGUUCAGCGAUGUCGCGAAAAGUUAGAGAAUAAGUACCGAGAUCAAUUGUGCAGAAUUCAAAUGAAACCGUGGGAUCAAAGUGAUUAUGCUGAGUUCGAAGACAUGCACACGGUUGUCACAAUGGUGAAGAAGGACGCUAGCGGACAAGACACGAAAAAGAAGGAAAUACUCCAGGGUUCUGUUGCUGAAAUAUUUUCAACGAAAGUAAACGGAAGACUUCCAGCUCGAAUCCUCAUUUCGGCACCAGCUGGACGAGGGAAGACCACGGCUGUUGCUAAGAUGGCUUACGACUGGGUUCACAAAGAAAAGGGGUCAGCAUUAGAACACCUGCCACUUCUGUUUGUUGUAAAGUUUCGAAACACAGGUCAUCUCACAUCGAUCGGAGAAGCCAUCAAAUCCCAGCUUUUGAGUGAUGUUGAGGAUCUCACACCAGAGGGUCUGGAGAGUUUCAUUAGAGAGAAUCAGGGUAUCUGCCACAUCAUACUAGACGGACUAGAUGAAUAUGCGGGUAUUUCUUCUUCCCAGCGAAUCUCAGAGAGUAACAUUUUCCGUGUGAUCCGUUUGGAAGAAUUUCCAGAGUGUCGAGUCCUUGUAACAACACGCCCUCAUCUAGAGUACUUCUUUGAUCAAGCGGAACUUCCAAGGGUAUACACAAAGAUGUGGAUAGAAGGAUUCUCACAAGAGAGCUCACGAGAGUACAUCGACAGAUUCUUUGCUUCAAACUCGAAUCCUAAUAAUAGCGGACAUGAUUUGAAGAUUUACCUUGACGGCCAACCACUGAUUAAUGAACUUGUUAAAACACCGUUAUUUUGUCUAAUGGUGUGUCACUUAUGGAGUGAGUGCCUACUGGACAGUGAUACUACUACUCAAACAGAAUUACUGGACAGCGUGAAUGUUUUCUUAGCGCACCAUGCAAACACCCGAUCAAAGUCAAGAGUAAAAAUCACACCCGAUGAGUUAAGGGAGAUAAUAUCUCAUUUAGGCAAAGUUGCCCUUACUGGUCUGCUCGACGAUGCUAAGAAACUAGUCUUCACGCAUCAUGAUUUUCGUAGAGCUCCCGCAAUCCUUGAUAGGGCAUGUGAGCUUGGGAUAGUAUCCAAGACAACUGUUUCGGUCACAGGCCUUCCUCAGCCCAACGAGACAACUUUCAAUACCAUUGAGUUUUAUCACAAACUCGCUCAGGAACACUCAGCUGGGAAAUACCUCGCUGCUAAAACAAAGAAAUAUAUGUUACGACUGAAGAUUUCAAAGUUGGACAGACUUCUACAGAAAAUCAAAGCAAACAUCGGUGACUAUGAGAAUCUCAUCCGAUUCGCUGCCGGCACGGAUAAUAGACUUUGUAUACGAAUAAUGGAGGCGCUCCUUUCCAACAGCUUUUUGGAUGAGAGUGAGCGAUAUCGAAUUCUCCUUGACUGCUCAUCAGAGACCAGCGGUACUGAAGGAAAUGUGUCAUCAUUGGUUCAAAGAUGCGUGAAUGCGCGGAGUAUUGUUCUAAAGUCACCCACCGUGUACACUGUCGUUGGGAUGCAAAAUCUUCCGAAGCAACUGAAGCGUGAGGUUACGACACUAAAGUUCGAGGGUUCUACUUUAAGUAUCGACGUGACGAGUGGACUAUGGUCCUGCCUCAGAUCCUUUACUUCACUGAUCCAGCUCAGCAUCUCCGACUCCUCUCUCAGUUUCCCUACAUCUCCCCCUGAGCUUCCAUCCAUCACAGAGCUUUCAGCCGAAAGAGUGACGUCACAAAGCUAUGAAGGUCUACUCUCAUCGCUUCCUGGCUUGAAAAGGGUCGAUAUCACUAUCGGAGAUGAACAGAGGGAAAACAUAUCUCAGAUCCAGAUUAGUCUACGUCGACAUCUCACGGAACAGGAUCUCACACGCAUCAACCCCCAUUCCUUCCCACCAGAGGGGAAUGUAUUAAGCAUGUCAAGACAGAAGAUGAGAGGACUGGGUUUUCUUAUCACAGAAUGUCAGGCGAUAUUGUCCGGAGUUGCUUUCGGACUCGGGGGUGCACUGAUCGAUGUUGUCCAGUCUUCAACGCGUUUAAUGUCAUCUAGUCUGUAUUUUGAACAGUUUUCCAGGACGCUAAAAUCCGAUGAACUAGCAUUAAAUAUUGACACAUUGAAAAUCAAGGAUUGCCAGCUAUCUACUGAGAUGACUGAUAAGUUGUGGUCCUGUCUCAGAUCCUUCACCUCACUGACACAGCUCAGCAUCUCAGAUUCCUCUCUCAGUUUCCAUCCAUCUCACCCGGAGCUUCUAUCAGUCACAAAGCUUUCAGCCGAGAGAGUGACGUCACAAAGCUUCGAAGGAGUGCUCUCAUCGGUACCUGGUGUGAGAGAUAUCGAUGUCUCUAUCGGGGUUGCAGAGACGAGCAACACCUUUCAGAUCACCACCGCGUCGACCUCCAGACCUAUUGGUCAGACCGGGAUUACGGAUGAACAGUCCUUCGUUCAUAUCAGACUGCACGCCUGGCCAGCACUCACCACAGACAUGAAUAUUGAUUCAGGCGAGUCAAAUGGAGGACUUAGUCUUCUAUUUCGAGAUCAAACCAAAGAGCAACAGCGGCUGCAUGUGUCCGGGAUGAAAGGCAGAGACGAAGAGGCCUUGGUUGACUUGUUUGUUAGGACUCAACAACUAACGUCCUUGAAUUCGGGGAGUGGAUGUGGUUCUCUUAGCGACACAGACGCCAUCCAGAAUACUAGGCUUAAUAUACAGCAGUGCCAGCUAUCUACUAAGAUGACCGAGAAGUUGUGGUCCUAUCUCAGAUCCCUCACCUCACUGAACCAGCUCAGCAUUUCGGACUCCUCUCUCAGUUUCCCUCCAUCUCCUCCUGACCUUCCAUCCGUCACAAAGUUAUCAGCGGAGAGAGUGACAUCACAAAGCUACGAAGGUCUGCUCUCCUCGCUUCCUGGCUUGGAAGAGGUCGAUAUCACUAUCGGAGAUGCAAAUGCAGAAGACAUAUCUCAAAUCCGGACUAGUCUACGUCGAUAUAUGACGGGACAGGAACUCACAUGUAACAACCUCAAUUCCAGUACAUCAGAGGGGGGUGUAUCAAGCAUGUCGAGAAAGAGGAUCAGAGGACUGGGUCUUCUCAUCGCAGAAGGUCAGGCAAUGAUGUCGGGAGUAGUUUUCGGCCCCAAGGAAACAGUGAUCGAUCUUGUCCAAUCUUCAACGCGUUUAAUGUCAGCUAGCAUGUAUGCAGAACAGUUUUCUAAGUCACUGAACUCCGAUCAAGAUGCAUUGCCUAUUAAAAUAUGGACAAUCAAGGACUGUCAGCUAUCUACCGAAAUGACCGUCAAAUUGUGGUCCUGUCUCAGAUCCUUCACCUCACUGAAACAUCUCAGCAUCUCAGACUCCUCUUUCAGUUUCCCUGCAUCUCCUUCUGAGCUUCCAUCCGUUACAAAGUUAUCGGCUGAGAGAUUGACGUCACAAAACUACACAGGUCUGCUCUCAUCGCUACCUUGCUUGAAAGAGGUCGAUUUCACUAUCGGAUAUGCAAAUACAGAAGACAUAUCUCAGAUCGAGACUAGUCUACGUCGACAUCUGACGGGACAGGACCUCACGCGCAUCGACCCCCAAUCCAUUACUUCAGAGGGGAAUGUAUCAAGCAAGUCGAUAAAGAGGAUGAGAGGACUGGGUCUUGUCAUCACAGAAUGUCAGGCGAUAUUAUCCGGAGUAGUUUUCGGACCCAAGGAAACAGUGAUCAAUCUUGUCCAGUCUUUAACACGUUUAAUGUCAGCUAGCCUGUAUGUAGAACAGAUUCCUAUGUAUCUAGACUCCGAUAAAAAUAUUAAAAUAUGGACAAUCAAGGACUGUCAGCUAUCUACCGAAAUGACCGUCAAAUUGUGGUCCUGUCUCAGAUCCUUCACCUCACUGAAACAUCUCAGCAUCUCAGACUCCUCUUUCAGUUUCCCUUCAUCUCCUUCUGAGCUUCCAUCCGUUACAAAGUUAUCGGCUGAGAGAUUGACGUCACAAAGCUACACAGGUCUGCUCUCAUCGCUACCUCGCUUGAGAGCGAUCGAUAUCACUAUCGAUGAUGCGGAGAGAGACAUACCUCAGAUCAAUGCUGGUCUUCGUCGGACCAGAGGACAGCCCCUCAAACACAUCAGGCUUAAAGCACUGUCAUCACUCCCAUCAGAGAAGAAGAGUGCUUCGAGAGAGACGAUGAGAGGAUUGGGUCUUCUGAUCGAAGAACAAACCAAGAACCUGCAGCGUCUACAUCUGGCUGGGGUGGAGUCCUUGGAUGAAGAAAGCCUGGUUGACCUCAUCGAGUGUUGCAGACGCGUGAAGACGGUGUCAGAUGUGUGGUUCUACUUGUGUGGUACUAAAAAGGGCGGCAAACUAGAAUCUCAUCUUAAAGGUCUUCACACAUCUCCACGCGGCGACCUCAAUGUGCAUGUUUAUCAUGAUGGUAAUUUUCAGGAUGACAAAUCUUAUAUCAUUACUCACACUCGUUGAGUUUCAGCGAUGGCUACACACUACCGGUCAAGCUGACCUGUACCAUUGCCUUCUACCUGACAAACACCACUAUGCUCGUUGAAGGACCUCAUACAUCAUGUCUUAUAUUGACUAAGUUACACUAAUAACUACGAUCAAGCGGAUAUACGUCACUAUGUUUAAAGGGACGAUCUUUAUUGUAAAAUUGAAAAAAUAGAAAAGAAAGCAGACAUACUAAUUUCUUUUCGUCUCACCCUGCUCAGAAUAAAUCGCAAGAACGAACGCGCGCUUUUUCCUUUAGCUUCCACUUAUGCUGUCAAGUUUCGGCUUUUUAUUAGUUAAUGCGAUUUACUCCGAUGAGACCAAAACGAAAAGCUUUAGUUUGCCUGUUUUCAUUGGUUUCACUAUGGUUCAUGAUGUUAAGUACCAUGAUAAUAAACAUAAAACACUCGUAUAUUACGUAAUGAAUGAAUCAGAAAAGUUUUCAUCAAUGCUUCGGUCAAAUUGAUUAAAGGUUAGAUUUCAUAUUUAAGUCUAUGCAACAGUUCUGGUGUGUAUAUAUCUUAUGCCAUUUAAGUGCAAUUUUAUAUUACUCCUGUUAUUACUCCUGUGAUUUCUUGUCAUAGGAUUUAUACGUAAUGAGAUAAAUGCUGGGUAUCCUCUUUAUUAAAAUUAAAAUUAAAAUUGUCCCUUAACAUAUAUUGAUACUGUUGUAUACUGCUCUGAUACAGCCACAUAUUACAUAUGGCACUUGAAUCACACUUGAAUUGUAUAUUUUAUACUAAAAAGAUGGCUAUACGUGCUAUAACUUUCAAGCCACAUCGUUCUCAUACUAAUGCACUGUUUCAUGACCUCAAAUUGUUGAAUGUUUUUAAAUUGCAUAAAUUAUCUAUUUGUACUUUUGUGUUUGAUUUGAUAAAUGAACGAUUACCUCAUUCCUU